UUGAUCUAAGAGUCACAUUGAAAGUCAAAAAGACAAUUUGACAAAUUCCAAUUAGUGGAAUUGAUGAAAGAAGAUGCAUAUUUUAAAGGAUUUUAAGACAAAAUUAACGGAAGAUCUUGGGAAAGUCGUUAGAAUAAAAGAAGAGAGCCACGUCAAAGGGACCAGUGCACACUUAUCGCCGGAAGAUGCAAAGCGAAUUGAAAGAGAUCAACUGUCUUCUAUCGACGAAGAAGCAGCAGACUGGUUAAAGCAUAACGCAAAGAGAGGAGGCUAUUCGGUUGAUUCUGAAGACCCAAAAGAUAUUAAAAUUCUCUAUACCAGUAAAAAACUCCAUUGGACAGAUCUCGUCUCCAACAUUGUUUUACUGACCGACGAUCAAUUCUGGAGGAUAACCCUUCUUGCCUUCAUAUACACGGAUUACGUGGUCAAGAUGUAUCAGAUAUGCUUUAUCAAAAAAAAUACUAACAACACUGUUUUUUUGAUAGAAGUGCUGACUGAUAUCCUUUUCAUUUCCAAUUAUAUAUGCUUGGUAACGAUUUUUUUCUGGAAGAGACUCGAGCUGUUGGUUCGCCGCAGGUGCAGCAUCUACAAAUUGGCCUUUGAUGGCUUGCUCCUCUUGCCAUAUCAUAUGAUCUAUUAUUUCGUUAAAAAAGAAGAAAAAGUAUCUUCUGUGUAUGCUGGUUUGGCUUCAGUCUCAUUCCUAAGGUUGUAUUACUUUGAGGAAUAUUUCAACGAGAAGGCAAAUAAUGCAGGAGCUCAACAUCGGAAUUACUUCGUGGUGAAAUACAUCCUCUAUUUGUUCUGGUUCACUCACACAAUUGCGUGCAUUUUAUAUCUUCUGGCUUGUCCCUUCGAAUGUGAACAACCCACUGGAUGGGGCUAUGUUGUUAAGACUAAGGAACCAACAUAUGCCUGGUAUAUAUUUGCUUCAUAUAUGGCAUUCAUGUGUUUAUCAAACAGUGGAUUUGCAGAGUUCAUUGCCACGAACCAUUGGGAGAGGAUAGUUAUAUGUAUCACUAUGUGCUGUGGUUUUGUCGUUACAACAUUGGUCCUAAUAGGUGCCCUGAGUUCAGAUACUGUAAUCAAGUUGUUCCGUCUUGCCAACAUUAGAAUUCAGCUCAACGCCAUAAAAAAGCACCUGGAGUUGAUUGGCAUGGAAGACACCGAAAGUGACCAAAUUAUGAGUUACUAUCGUCUGUUUUGGAAUAAGAAAAAGGGGGUGAAAUAUGCCAGUGCCAUGAAUCUCUUACCUCUACCGUUAAAAAUGGAGAUAUCAUUCGAUAUCAAUUACUAUUUGCUGCAGUGUUCACUUUUGUUCAGAAGUAAACCGGAACCCUUCUUGAGAACGCUGUCUUUGAACAUGAAGCACGAGUUUUUCCAACCCGGGGAGAUAAUCUUUAAAUGGAAUGUGAUCAAAUACAAAAUGAUUUGCGUAGCUUCUGGAAUUAUCGAAGUACUUUCGGAUGAAGAUUACGAAAGUCCCAUAAUAUCUUUUGGUAAAGGUUCUGUACUGGGAGAAGCUGCUCUGAUUUUGAAUCUACCCUCAAAAACCACAGUUCGAGCAGCAAAUUAUUGCGAGUUGCAGGUGCUGUACAAAGUUGAUUUCGUGCAAAUCAUCAAGUUGUUCCCCGAAAUCUACCUCCAACUAAGAGAAGCGAUACUAUCAAGAAUAGACAAUUUCAGACAGGACGAGUACAAGCUUGAAUUCGUCUCAAAAUUCACGAGUCUCAACCUUUAUGUAUCACAAAAAAUGAAUCUGUCAGCCAUCAAAAGGGUUAAAAAGAGACUUUUGGCAGAGCCAUUCGAAGACAUCAUACCGGAAGAUCAUCAUGCCUGUGAUCUUUAUAAAUACGCGGAAAACGUGAAGAAAAAAAAAGGCAGAUAUAUCGCUCUAACCGAAAAGUUUCCCUGGGUUUUAUCACCGCACUCUUCAUUUUCAAGGGUUUGGGAAUUCAUUAUUUUAUUCGAUGUUCUUAUCAUCGCUUUCCUUUAUCCUUACUUCAUCUCGUAUCACAGGGGAUUUCCGUACGCAGUGGCCAAUGCUUCUUGGAUUCUCGAGUUAUUCUAUUUCGCCGAUAUUUACAUAAUUCUGACAACGGCAAUAGAAGGAAAAGACUAUAUCAUCAAUAAGUUCUCUUUGUUGCUUCACUACCAUUUGCGAUCAUUCAAAUUCCAUUUGGAAUUGCUAUCAACCUUUCCGAUAGAAUAUUUCUUCUUCAGAAGUAGCAAUCAGAUAUUUUUCACAAUGAAGUUGAAUCGUCUGCUGAAAUGCUACCGAAUUUAUACUUUUUUCAAAAAAACCGAAACUCAGUUCCUGGUUGCCAACAUUUUAGCUUUGAGGUUGAUCAAAUACGCCAUAUAUAUUAUUCUCGUUAAUUAUUGGUACGGUAUUUUGCUUUAUUCGAGUACUUGUUUCUCGCCGUUCUGCACCAGAGAUGGCUGGUAUAGAACACACCUGAUAUCUGAUCAAAAAAUGAAAUUAUCUAGCCCGUGUACUAGUUAUCCUACUCUGAUGUCCACCUAUUUUGGACUCACGGUAUUAUCUACAUUAGGCUUCGAUGAUAUAACUCCAGGAAACGUUCAAGAUAUGGUCCUAGUGAUAGUCGGAGUUGUUAUUGGAAUAUUCCUAUUUGGAUUCUGCACAUCAGAACUGGCAGCUACCAUAACAUACCACAUUCAGAUGAAGAUCGAUUUCCAAUCCCAAAUGUUUGCAGUUGAAAAAUUUCUUAUCGAUAAUAAGAUGAAGCAAAGCAUUAGAUAUAGAGUGAUGAGGUAUUUCGAGCUGCAAUGGUACUAUAACAAAGGGGUGUAUUUUUGGAAAAAAUGCCUUUUCCACAACGCUACAACGAAGAUUCAGAAACAAGUUACAUUCAAGGAGAGACUAGAAAUUCUUUCUCAUGUGCAGUUUUUCAAAGAGGCCGAUGAAGAGUUUGUGGAAUUGAUAGCUACUGGAGCCAGAACUAUAGUCCUUCCACCUGGAGAGAUAGUAACAUAUGCUGGAGGGUCGAGCAGAGAUAUGUAUAUCUUACAAAAAGGAUUCUGUAGCAAGGAAGUUGAACCUGGAUUGGAGGAGACUCUAUCUCCUGGUGAGCAAUUUGGAACAAGAAAUAUUCUUCUUGGUUGGCCGAAUCUCUACAAAAUUACCACCAUAACCCAUGUGAAGUUGAUAGCUAUUAGCGAUACUUUGUAUUAUUCAGCAAUAUCACUAUUCCCUCAACAGAAUGCCCUCAUUCAAAAAUCACUUCCUCCAGAGAAUAAAAAGUUAUUAGCAGAUUUGCGGGCCAACUGGACCAAAUGGGAUUAUAAAUUGUCUGCGACCACUGCUGACGAAAUAAAAAAGGAAAAACUGAAAUUCAAGGCAUGGCUAGUGAAGGCAAUUAAAGAAUCCUUCAUCUACGUACCUGAUUACUGUUACAAAAACGAUGAAGAUUAUGAAGAGCCAUUCGAACGGCUUGGAUUCUUUUAUAGACUGAAAUACAUUUUACUCCCGAUUUGCAUUCUACCCCAAGGAUGGUUUCUAAAAAUAUGGAUGGGGAUUAGAAUCACUACCACCAUUCUUUAUGCACUUUUGAUUCCAUUUCAGCUGAUACAAGCUCCGUAUAUUCCACAAUUAGACCCAUUGAUGAUUAUAUUAGAUCUCAUCUCUUACAUUGAUCUAUACCUGAUGCUUUUCGUCGGUUACUAUGGCGACGUCAAUCAGCUGAUCAUUCAUUCAUGCAAAACCUCUGCCCACUAUUUGAAAGGAUCAUUUUUCCUGGACGUCGUCCUGUGCUUUCCUUGGGAACUGAUGGUGAAAUUCUUGGUUCCUGAACAUAAUGAAGGUCACUCAGAUUUCGGACAUAAGAUGAGCCCGCAUUGGAUGCACUGUAGUGUUAGAUUGAUCAAGAUCUUUCAAGCAUACAGACUUCCGAGUGUAUUUGAUUAUCUUGAGAGCAAUAUACGGACGACUGGUUUAUACUUGUCUAUCCUCAAAUUCGUACCGUUUACAAUAAUAUUUUUGAACGUGUGUGCCGCUCUCAUGAUGAUCACUAGUUGCAAAUAUUAUCAUAUAACAGAACUGGAUCCAAAAUACAUUGUAGGCUCAAUAGCAAAACCCCCAGGAAUGGGAAUGAAAAAAAUUAGGGAAUACACCAUGUUUUGCAAGAGGGACUCCUGGAUAGAAAGAUCAUUAUAUCAAGAGUAUCAUACACCCCAGUCCAUUUAUAUGAUAGCAAUAUAUUGGGCUACAUCUACUCUGGUGGGUGCUGGUUUUGGUGAUUUGACUGCUCAAUAUAUAGAUCACCUUAUUAUCAUUUGUAUAAUGACGAUGUGUGGCGUAUUUUUCUUCGGAUAUGUUUUCGCCUAUAUAUCGAGUUAUACUUCUGACUUGCAAAGUGUGUAUUCAAUAUACCAAGGUAUGGUGACAGAAAUGAAGAAGUAUUUUCAAAUAGAAUCGAUAUCGAAGAUGGUCAGGGAAAUCAGCUUGUCGAAUGCUUCAUACAGAUGGAAGAGAAGCGAGGGAAUGGAGCCCAAUAAAAUACUUUCCAUUCUCCACCCUGCCCUACACGAGGAUUGCAUGCUUCAUUUAUACGAAAAUACAUUAAAAGAAAUUCCUCUUUUUGAAGGGGUGGAUAGAACCUUCUUCAGGAUAAUUGGGAAAAGUUUGAGGGAACGAUAUUAUAUAAGAGGAUCUUAUAUAUUCAGAGAGGAUGAUGUAAUCGAUACGAUAUUCAUUGUUCAUAGAGGAAAGCUGGAGAUCAAAUUCUAUCACAACUUUUAUGAAGAAAUGGUUACUUCCAUUGGAGUUGGAGGUAUGCUCGGAAAUAUUGGAAAUCAUGUGAAAUCUAGAAUGCUCUCUACAGCCACAGCUUUGACCAAUAUGGAUACUUUGUACAUGAAAACAGAAGACUUCUAUCGUAUUUUGAAUAGAUAUCCGGAAAUCAAGGAUAAGAUUGCCAUGUCGUUCGCCAGAGAGGAACACAAAGACUUUUGUAUACCCAUAACUAUGAUCGAUGAAGAGUCUGAUUCUUUUCCAGAUAUACCUUCUGAAACAUCAGAAGAUAAUGAAGAUGAAUCUUUGAAACCUAUUUCUUCAUUCGAAACCUCUCUAUCAGAAUCCUUGGGAUAUGACCAGAAGUCGAAGAUGAGUGGAGGAGACCUGAAACCACAGAAGAGACUCAAAGUAGCAAAAACUGAACUCAUUACCCUUCUCUUCAUAUUAACCCCCAAAAGGUGGUUUAAUAUGGUAAUAUUACCGGAAUCGAAAGUCUUAUAUGUAUUAGCUCUACUUUGUGUAAUUUGUGGAUACCUUAACUUCAUAGUAGUGACAUACCAGUUUGCUUUUCAAGAUUUUAACUUCAUGUUAAUUUUAAUUAUGGUGAUUAUCGACUUAGUGCAUCUUUGGAAAAUAUUCAUGGAACUUCACACAGCAUAUUUAAAUCGUUUCAGCGAUUAUGUAACCGAUAAUAAGAGGAUAAAGAGAAAAUAUUUCUCCAGAAAGACGAAGAGGAUAGUUGACUUUGUGGCAAAUGCUCCAUUUCCUUAUGCGGCUUUCCUUUUGCCAAUUAUAUUCGGAAUUGAGCCAUACACUACAUUCUCCGUUCUGAAACUUUGCACUCUGUUGAGAAUUUGGGACGUUAAAGAAUUUUUCAGUUGCAAAAGGACAAACUUGAUGGUGAAUCGUUUGGUGCUUAAGCUAUUCUCUAUUUUCGUUUGGAUAGGCUUGAUGGUCCAUUUAUUUUCGUGUGUUUGGUACAUGUUUGCCUGUCCAAUAUUUGUUUGUUACACAGAUUCCUGGGCUAAAAUUUUCUACGAACGUCCAAGGUCACAAUUUGAGAUGUACGUCAUCUGUGUAUAUUUCAUUGUUGGAGUAUCAACAAACACUGGAAUAGGUGACAUAUCGCCAAAAAGAUACAUAGAGAUAAUUUUCCUGAUAAUAUUGAUGUUAACAGCCAAGUUUAUGAUAGGAAUAUUCAUCGGUAUUGCUGCCAAUAUCGUGAGCUUACAUUCGUCCUUUCUAACCAGAUAUGAGGAGAGAAUAUAUGAAUUGAGAGACCAUUUGCUCAAUGAAAAUGUAAGUGAUCAUCAAAUGGAGAAGAUGUGGAAUUAUGUCAAGCAACUGUGGACUAAGAGAAAUGGUAGACAGCUACCUAGAAUAAUAACUGAAACAAUUUCUUAUACGAAUCAAUGUACCCUAAAAUACGAUGUUUAUGGUGAAGAACUUCGUAAUUCUUACUUAUUUCAUAAUUUGCAAGAACCUUUUUUGAGACAACUCUCAAAUUAUAUUGUGCCAGUAAUGUUUUUCCCUGGAAAUUAUAUUGUUCAACAUGGCGAUUCUGAUCAGUCCAUGUAUUUUGUUCAUCAUGGCCAGGUUGAUGUACUGACAGUGCAUUCAAAUUUAACUGAAACAAUUCACGAUAUACUUCAUGAAGGUGAAAUGUUUGGGCUUCCCCAAGGAUUAUUUUAUGGAAUACCACAUCACUUUUCAUUCAGAGCUAGAACCACAGUUGAUAUUGGAGUCUUAACUUUGAAGGAUUGGACGGAUAUUAUGCUUUUAUUCCCGAGAGCGAAGGAAAUAAUAUAUAAGAGAGCUUUGGCUAUUUAUACAAUAUUAUAAUGUUUCAUAUAUUUGAUAGUUUAUAAACCAUAAAAAAGAAACCUGCACUUCACUAUAAUUUUUUGUUAUGAAUAUAUCAUGAAUUAAACUUUUGAAACCA